UAGUCACUUUCUCUAAACACCCUCCUCUCUCUUUCUCUCACUCCCCAAACACAAACAAGUAAAUACAAAGAGAGGUAUAAAGCAAUAUAUACAACACUUUUCUAUAUCACACUGAUGCAGACAUGGAGAGUGGUUGGAAAGCUACAACUGAGAUAUCACCAAACUGUCCAAGAUGUGGUUCCUCCAACACAAAAUUCUGCUACUACAACAACUACAGCUUAACUCAACCAAGAUACUUUUGCAAAGGAUGCAGAAGAUAUUGGACAAAAGGUGGAUCCCUCAGAAACGUCCCUGUUGGUGGUGGCUGCAGAAAAAACAGAAGAGGUAACAACAACAAUAACAAAACCUUGUUAAAACAACAUUCUCAUGAUCCUGUUUUAAGGACUAAUAAUGUUUCAUCUUCUACUUCCUCUACAUUGGUUGCUGAAUAUCAUAAACCCAAUAUUGAUCUUGCUUUAGUUUACGCAAAUUUCCUUAAUCAAAAGCCUGGUUCUCAAAAAAUCAGUUUCGACCCUUCUUUAGAGAAUUCGAGGUUGUUAUCGAAUGUUGAAGUUGGUUCUAGUAGUUUGAAUUUGUCGGAACUAGAACAUGGUUUCAAAGGGUGUUUGAAUCUUCAAGAACAGUUACUAGUACCAUCCACGUCCACAGUGGUAACACAUUUUGGUGAGUUCGAACUCGAAUCUAUGCAGACGCUUCGAAAAGAUAGAGUUCAUGAUGAUGGUAGUGUGAACUUUGAGCUACCACCUUUGCCUGGUGAAGAGGAUUCAUCAUCACAUGAUGAUCAUGUGAUGUGGUCCAAUUCUGAAAUGAUGAUGAACCUUCCAUUUCAAGUCACUCAACCUCCACCACCACCAUCACCACUUGGUCUUGAUCAAAUUCAUCAUGCAGAUUUGUUAGUUGGUAAUUGGAGCCCUUUUGAUUUUCCUAGGGAUGCUUCUUUUUCUAGACCUUGUUAAAAAAAUAUUCUCAUUUCUUAUCGUAUCGUGCGAUGAUGAAAAAAAGUUUAGGUGAGUUGGGUCUGAAUCAUGUUAAACAUGGACGGAAAAAACCCUAAGACAUAAUGGAUGUCGAACAAAGUUCUAAAAUGAUACGAGAAUUUGAACCCUGAUAUUCUUACGAGUUGAGAUGAAUCCGUACCAACCGAACUAAUCUACCUUUUUCUCGAUUUUCUUAUUGUUUUUAUACUCAUUGUAUGGUGUAUAGAAUAUGGUUUUUAUUACUACAAAAUAAUUGGAAGUUGUAAACAAAUACAGUCUUUGAGAGUUUAUAGUUACAAAUUAUAUAUUGAUAAACAUA